AUGCGGAGGGUGAACCGUGACGGCAACAAUCACGGGGCGGCGGAUGGGCCAACUACACCGCCCUCUGAACAAAAGCAGGAGGGUGACCAUCAUCACCACCACCACCAAUACCAACGGCGGCAACAACAACAAGAGCGAGGUGGAGGUGUGCGAUUGCGAGGGCCGCCUAUGCAGGCCAGGCAACCGCAGUGGGACGGAAGCGGUGUAGCGCUGUGGUCGCUGGUGGGCGCGGUUGUGGUCCUGCUAGUCGCCAUGCUGCUACCGUGGAAAACACUCUUGGAUGACUGGAGCAACUGGGACGAGGGGUCAGCGGAACAAACCCUGCUGCAGGCCCCACCGCCGAGGAGGUACACGGAUGUCAUGACGCACAGUGAAGACACAAGGAGGCAAGAAGGGGAGGCCAAAGGCAGACCGGAGCCGUCGUGCUACACCCUUGAGGCCUACAGCAUGAAGUUUAUUGCGCCGGCGCAGAGACAGGAAGCCACACCUCAGCACUUUUACCGUUGUGGAACGCGUCUUAUAGAUUUGGACACGGAAGUAAACCGUAGCAAACGGGAGAUAUGCACCGCAGCCACAGAGAAGAGCCCAACAUUGUUUUCCACUUUACGUGUCUAUCUUGAAAGUGCAUUUGAGGAAAAGGCACAUCUUAAGCAACGGGAUAAUGUGGCCGCCCAAACCAUUUCUCUGGAGCGGGUUAAUGAUGACUACUGUGACUGCUUGGAUGGUACUGAUGAAUUACAAACAAGUGCCUGUAGCAUGUCUGGUACCGUGUUGCCGCUUGCCCACAUGCGGUGGAAGCAGUAUCUGCUGGCCAAUGCACAUAUACAGCUAUACGAGGAGGAGGAAGCACCGUCCAUGCGUCGCACAGAGCGACUGUUGCGUCGACUAGGUGGCCCUGUGCUUCCAUUUCGUUGUCGUAGCGAUCCAGACGUUUGGCUGGCACCCUCACGAGUUGGCGACGGCGUUGUGGACUGCUGUGACGGAAGUGACGAGGCGACAAGCCCAAAACAUCACCCCACACACGAAGUGCAGGGAGAAGACAGUUGGAGGUCACGGGUUAUUGCCAUAGAGCCUUAUCUUGGAAUGCAUAGUGGAGCUGCCAGCCCUCUUUAUCCCAUGGCUAGUGGUAAUCGCACGGUUGCCGCCAUGUUGCUAGAGAAUGGCUUUACAUCGCUUAUGAGCUGCCGUCGUGUCAAGGAGGAACGGCUCAAUAGUGCACGAACACUCCACGAAGUUGUGAAGCGGGGCAAUGCCAUACACAAGGAUCGUGAAGCCAAUGGCUGGGAGAAGUAUGGAAAAAAAUUGGUAGAGCAUAUUGCUCGAAAGAAAACGGAGCUUGAUGCCGCUUCAAAAGAAUUUGAGACACGUCGAAGCCAAAUCGCAAAAGAAAUGGAAAAGAUGGGGAAAUCGGAUCCCAUUUCGGCAGGCAUAUCACCCGAAGAAGUUCAAGCUAUGAAUCAAAUGUAUGCUGAGCUGCAGAAACGUGGUGAGAGUCUGCGACUUGUAGUGAUGAUACUUUCAUUCCGUUGGUUAGGCGAUGACUUUGAGUAUUACCCGCUUGCCGAUGCCCAUUUUACGGUGCCAGUUAACCGCGUGUUGGAGACGGCGCGGAGCACUUCACCUGAGGUCCAGCGGGUUCAAGCAUCACGCCGCUACAAUGACUCUUACGUCAUUGAAUCCAUCCCUGUACAUGUGGACAAUACCUCUUAUCGGAAGUUUUCAUUCUAUCCAUGUUUUUACCUUGUCGGAGCUCGAAAUCUUACAAAGGAGCAGUCUGCGAUCAUCAUAAAACGCGCUUAUGGACUGGAAGAGAAUGAAAGCCUGAAUGUGUCCGGUACGGAGAAUUUUGAAGAAAGCCUGCCGGUUGUUUUUGGCUUCUGGAGGCCUGAUCUUUCAGAAGUAACUAUCGACAAUUUUCAAUCGGUGGAUCCCUCCGGGAACGGCGUACUACGACGGCGUCUUUUCAUGUCCGAACCCGCACCUGUCAUGGGUGGUGUUGAGCAAAUUCUUCAGCAUGAGCGGCUUUCAUAUGGUGGACGUCACCGACGCGUCAUGCGUCUUGGGCCCACGGAUUUACGUGAGCAGCUGCAACAGGCACUUCAAGGAGCCACUAAUGACACGGGAAUAGAGAUGCCGCAGCAAAAAAACACACCAGAUCUUGCAUCCGUGCGGAUAUUUAGUGGAGGUAUUCCGUGUGCAUUGGAUGAUGCCAUGGAUAACAGCGGUCGUCUGGGCGAGGAGGAAGAGGAAGAAAAGGAGAAUACGCCCCGCAGCCACGGACGUGUUGUUUAUGUUUGCGACGAAGAAGACCUCGUGUUGGAAUGGCACCGCAACGGCAAGUGUGCACAUGAGGUGGUGUUUGGAACCCCAAGUGCGUGCCCGCCAUGGGUGAAGGAGGCUUCAGCGGCACGUGUACGGCAGGCGGAGGAGGCAUUACAAUAUGAUGAAUGA